AGACCAGCGAUUUGAGGGAAUUUUAAAAGUUAUUGUAAAUAAAAAAAACUUUAAGUAAUAAAUAUUUACCAUUGAAAUAGUGUUAAUAUACAUAACUAAAUUAGGUUUAUUGUACUUGAGGUGCUAAAAACGCGUACUGCGUACUAAAGUUUGUAGCCAUGGCAACAGAAAACAAAACUUUGACACAAUUAUCAGUAUUGUUAACUAAUCAAGAAGUUAAUAAAGCACUAUCAAAAUGGUUUAAGGAACCCACAGAGUUUACUCAUUGGGAGCAUGUCGGAGAAAUGGGAAAAGGUGAUUCAUAUCUAAGUGAUGUAUAUAGGAUCAAAAUACAUGGAAAGUCAGGUGGCAACUCAAGACAUCUGCAACUUAUUGUUAAGACAAUCCCAAAAAAUAUAUGCAGACGACUAACAUUCCGUUCUCAUGACUUCUUCAGAAAUGAAAUUAAUUUUUACCUGAAUGUAUUACCAGUUUUACUAAAAUUCCAGUCUAAUAAACAAAUGACUGAACCAUAUGAAAAUUACACAAAUGUAUUUCUAGCACUCACAGAUGGAACACAUGAUGUUAUCUGUCUAGAAGAUGUAUCUUUGCAGAAUUAUGGGAACCCAACACGACAAGAAGGCAUUGAUUAUGAGCAUUGCCAAUUAACAGUUCAAGUGCUUGCUAAAUUCCAUGCACUGUCUUUUGCCAUGCGUGAUCAAAAACCUGAAGAAUUUGCUAAACUGAGUAAUGUAUUACCUGAGAACUAUUAUGAUCCUACAUAUUGGGAUUGGUAUGAAAAAUUCUGGAAGCGUCUUUGCAUUACAGCUAUAGAUGCAGUUGAGAGGGAAUAUCCAAACACUGUUUAUGUUGACAAAAUUAAAGAAUUUGCUAUACCAGAGCGAUAUCUAGAUAUGAUUCAAGCCGUACAAGAUAAAACAAAUGGUGUCAUAUCACAAGGCGACUGCUGGACAGUUAAUUUCUUGUAUAAAUAUGAAAAUAAACAACCAAUUGAUGCGAAAAUGAUAGAUUUUCAACUAGCAAGGUGCGCCAGCCCAGUUUUGGACCUAUCAUUUGCUAUAUACGCCUGCACUGACCAAAAUUUAAGGGAAAAACACUAUGAUGCCUUAUUAAAAGAUUAUUAUGAUGUAUUAUCAAAGCAAAUAAGUGAAAUGGGAAGUGACCCAAAGAAAGUCUAUCCUUGGAGCACAUUUAUGGAAGAAGUAAAGAAGUAUUCAUAUUUUGGACUGGCAUUUAGUUUUGAGUCCACACCAUUUAUAAUUCUGGCACCUGAAGAUGCUUUCAAAAUGGAUGAUAUCACGGGUGAUGAGAAAAGGAACAUUGAAGAAUUUUGGCCCGUUACUCCAAUAAAGACAAAGGCAGGUAGACUGAGAGAAGCUAACAACAUUGUUCACUGCGUUGAUAAAGGUUUUAUAUAAUUGCUAUGUUCCUAAAGAUAGGUAUUAUUUAUGUACUACAUAUGAUGUACUACAAAUGAUGUAUUAAUAAAUAUUAGUAUGGGUCAAUGUAUAUUAUAGCUAUAGGGUUAGUAUAAUAAUGGUCCAGUUUUAUUUAUAAUUAUAUAAUAUUUCAAAUAUGACAACAUGAUGUUUAUCAGUAUGUAUGUUAUGUGUUUUUUAUAAAAUUAACCAUUAUAAAAAAAUAGUUGCUGCUGAUUAAUUAUUAAUUUUUAAUUACUUUGACACAUUAUGUUUAUAAAUUAUGCUCUAUUACAAACUAAACAUGACAAUUCUUUACCAUAGUAUAAAAAUACACUAAAAUGACAUUGACAAUUGUGAUUAUAGGACUAAGUUUAAUAGGAAAUAUUGGCCAUUUGUAAGGUAUUUUUUUUUUA